GCGAGAAAAAGAAAGAAAGAGAGAAAAAGUUGUAAAUGGGUGUGAGUAAAUUAAGGUGCAAUUUUGUCUUAUAAAAAUGUAAAUUUUGAAUUUAUUUCAACAAUGGCCAUGAAGGAAACGGUACGCAAAAAAAGUAACUUUCUGCAGAUAUAAAUUUCGAGACAUGACGAAUAUGUCGAAUUAUAUUUAUCGUAUAUUUAAAAAUAUAUCUGGAUUGGUGCGUCUAGCGCGAUCAUGUUUCACAUACCGUUAAGUAUUACGAGAAUUAGCCAGCAAGCAUAUAAUGAAGAAACAAAUUUCCGGACAUACAUGUGUAUAUAUGUGAUCAUACAGUUUAAAAUGCAAACUUGUUUACUGAUAGAAUGUUUGCGUGAACACUUUGUAUUGUUCGAUUCAAGCAUUAAAAAUUUGUAAUGUUAAGAUUUUUGAAAUUGAAUCCAAAUUUUAUGCAAAUGUAUUUUUUUUUAUACUCUUGUGUACGCGUGCAACGAUUCUUUUUCCCCCUUUUUUUAAUUUUAUCGAGGCGCGCAUACAUCGCAUUCUCACUGCAAUGAUUUACCACGUGUUUCGACGACCUUGAACUCUCUUUGCUCACUUGAACGAAGGUGAAUGUCCUGUACUCUUCAGUUUGCAGGCGUACAGAUUCCUACAGAUAAUUCAACGCGUAUAUCUUCGAGAGUUGAAAGCGUUUUCGACAGAUUCAUUUGUGCAGCGUCGAUAUAUCAUAAAUAUAUAUGAUUUAUGAUAUUUUUUAUAUGAAUAUUUUUGAAAAAAUAUAUAUCUCGUGGAAAAGAUUCGUCGGUUGAAAAUUAAAUUCCACUUAAAUCAAAAGCCGGGAAGAUGACAGAAAACUGGAGAACCAUUUUUGUGACUGGAGGCGCCGGUUACAUCGGCAGUCACUGCAUCGUCGAGCUACUGGAAUGCGGCUACGAUGUCGUGGCUAUUGACAAUUUUGCAAAUAGCGUAACAGAAACUGACGGCAAAUCCGCAGCGCUCAGAAGAGUCGAACAAAUAACGGGGAAGAAAGUAACGUUUCACAAUUGCGAUCUACUCGACAGAGAGAAACUCGAAACUGUCUUCAACGAGCACAAGAUAGAUUGCGUGAUACACUUCGCGGCGAUUAAAGCCGUCGGUGAGUCGAUGCAAGUUCCGCUUCAUUAUUACCGAAACAACAUAAUAGGCGCCAUCAAUUUACUAGAGGUGAUGAAAGCGGCUGGUUGUUUUCAACUUGUAUUCAGCAGUAGCUGCACGGUUUACGGCGAGCCCACAGAAUUGCCCAUCACGGAAGAACACGAAACUGGCAACAUCACCAACGUGUACGGCCGAACAAAGUAUUUCAUUGAAGAAAUGCUCAAGGAUAUAUCGAGAGCUGAAAAGAGUUGGAACGUUAUAUCCCUAAGAUAUUUCAACCCGGUAGGUGCUCACUGCAGCGGAUUAAUCGGGGAAGAUCCGACGAAGCCAUUUACAAAUUUAAUGCCGUACAUUGCUCAAGUUGCUCUGAGGCUUAAGCCAGAACUGACCAUAUUUGGCGGCGACUAUCCUACAACUGACGGAACAGGCGUCCGCGAUUACAUUCAUGUCAUGGAUCUGGCGGCUGGCCAUGUUGCGGCGUUAAAUGCUUUGCACAAACAGCACCUCAGACUUAAAAUUUACAACUUGGGCACCGGCAACGGCGUAACUGUAUUGGAAUUGAUAAAAACAUUUGAGAAAGUCACCGGUACUACAGUGCCAUACGCUAUAAAAGAAAGAAGAGAGGGCGACAUUAUGUCCAUGUAUGCUAAUACGGAUCUGGCGAAGAAAGAAUUAGGGUGGACAGCGAAGUACAAUGUUGAACAAAUGUGUCAAGACUUCUGGAGGUGGCAGACAAUGAAUCCGCACGGUUAUCGAACUUCAUUCAAGAACGGUGUUAAUCAACAUUUGAAUCGCAACGAUACAUCGUAACAAUUGAAUUGUAUCGCGAAAAACUUGUGCAAAUAAUUUAUAAUAAAGCGCUUGAAGCGUCGUCUCUUUCUAAAUAUUGUCUACUGAUACA